CUUCCCAGAGUGCACUGCAGCCACUGCCAGGCUGGGCUCGUUUCUCCAACUUAAGCGGCCUGGGAGAGCGGUCUUGCAAUGGACGGGCUCCGGGCUAGCGCUGGGUUGUUGAGGCGCGGGAGGUUGAGGCGCCGGCGCCAGACCCAGCCACACAGCGGGUCGGUCUUGGCCCUGUCCUUGAGGCCCAGGAAGAUCCGAAGGCAGCUGAGGAGAAAUAUUGCGUCCCGCAUGGCCGCUCUGAGGGCUCAGGCGCUGCCGAGCGAAGACUCGGAGGACUCCAGAGUGGAGUCGACGGCGGACGAUCUGGGGGACUCGCUGCCUGGUGGAGCGGCGGCGGCGGCCAGUCCAGAGACGGCCCGGAGAGAGCCAUACGGCCACCUCGGGCCUGCUGAGCUGUUGGAGGCCUCGCCCCCGCGCGCGCAGACCCCGCCCGCGCGCCUGGGGCCGGCUUCGGCGCCACCUGCGCGCCUGGUAGAGGUAACUGCUGCACCCACCCGAGCGGUGGACACCUCAGCUCGGCUAUGUGCUUCCCAGCCCUUAGGAGCCGCUGCACCACCCUGGACGCCUGCGACGCUGUUGGGCUCUCAGGUGGAAAACGCGGGUAGGGAGCUGCCCUGGGACUCUCCGCUGCAGCGCGUCUUGGCUGAGCUGAGCCGCAUCCCUAGCAGCAGACGGCGGGCGGCGCGCCUCUUUGAGUGGCUUAUCGCGCCCAUGCCUCCGGAACAUUUCUACCGGCGCCUUUGGGAGCGGGAGGCGGUGCUGGUGCGGCGGCAGGACCACACCUACUACCAGGGCCUUUUCUCUACUGCCGAUUUGGACUCCAUGCUCCGCAACGAGGAGGUGCAGUUCGGGCAGCACUUAGACGCUGCGCGCUACAUCAAUGGGCGGCGAGAGACCCUGAAUCCCCCGGGCCGAGCCCUGCCCGCCGCUGCCUGGUCCCUGUACCAGGCAGGCUGCUCCUUGCGCCUUCUCUGCCCUCAGGCUUUCUCAGCCACCGUGUGGCAGUUUUUGGCUGUUCUUCAGGAGCAGUUUGGAAGCAUGGCAGGCUCCAACGUUUAUCUCACGCCACCCAACUCUCAGGGCUUUGCCCCCCACUAUGACGACAUCGAGGCUUUCGUGCUGCAACUGGAAGGUAGGAAACUCUGGCGUGUCUAUCGUCCUCGGGUGCCAAACGAGGAACUGGCCCUGACAUCUAGCCCCAACUUCAGCCAGGAGGACCUUGGUGAGCCUGUGCUGCAGACUGUGCUGGAGCCUGGAGAUUUGCUCUAUUUUCCUCGCGGCUUCAUUCACCAGGCUGAAUGCCAGGAUGGAGUCCACUCUCUGCACCUCACCGUGUCCACGUACCAGCGGAAUACCUGGGGCGACUUCCUAGAGGCCAUACUCCCUCUGGCUGUGCAGGCCGCAAUGGAAGAAAAUGUAGAAUUUCGGAGAGGUCUACCUCGAGACUUCAUGGAUUACAUGGGGGCCCAGCAUUCGGAUUCUAAGGAUCCAAGAAGAACCGCUUUCAUGGAGAAGGUCCGGGUCUUAGUUGCCCGUCUGGGACACUUUGCUCCUGUUGAUGCUGUGGCUGACCAGCGAGCCAAAGAUUUCAUCCAUGAUUCACUACCCCCCGUGUUGACUGAUAGGGAGAGGGCAUUAAGUGUUUAUGGGCUUCCAAUUCGCUGGGAGGCUGGAGAACCUGUAAACGUGGGAGCCCAGUUGACAACAGAAACAGAAGUCCACAUGCUUCAGGAUGGGAUAGCUCGCCUGGUGGGUGAAGGGGGCCAUUUAUUUCUCUAUUACACGGUGGAAAACUCUCGUGUUUAUCAUCUGGAGGAACCCAAGUGCUUGGAAAUAUACCCGCAGCAAGCUGAUGCCAUGGAACUCUUGCUUCGCUCCUACCCAGAAUUUGUAAGAGUAGGGGAUCUGCCUUGUGACAGUGUGGAGGAUCAGCUUUCCUUGGCAACCAUGUUGUAUGAUAAGGGGCUGCUGCUCACCAAGAUGCCUCUAGCUCUAAACUAGUUUCUUGUUGAUUGUUGGAAACAAAGCAGUAGUGAUUGUCCACUACCACUGCCACCAGUUCACUUUUUUUUAAAAACCGGCGUUCUUACCUUGAUGACCAUCAGUAUGGUCACAUUUACUUAUUUACCUUUAUGACUGCUUCAACGUCACAAAUCUCAGACAGUCUUCUAGAAGGAACCACUUCAUCUAGGUACAAAAGUAAAAAAAUGGAGGAGGAAAAUGAGCUAUUUCUACAGAAGUAACCUUAAUGCCUAAUCAUUUUAGAGCACCAGCUUCAUCCCCCUCUGGCUUCAGUGUGUUGUGUAGCACUGGCUAUAUCAUUCUGCUUGAGACAUUAGAAGUUUUUGUUUGGAAGUUAUAUCUUUCAUUUGAGUUCUCUUUCAUCAAAUGGUGUGUGGGGGAGGGCAGUUGGGAUCAGUAUUCUGUUUUCUUAUUAAGUUUGUAUGAACAUUAGAAGAGUUAUUAAAGUACCAAAGAAUGUUUCCCUUU